AUGGCUACAAAACAGCAGUCCACCAACCAAUCGGCUGCCACGAAGCUUCUGGAUGAGAUGUGUCACCUGACGGCUCAGUCUCUGACAGCGUUGGACACAUCGGAGCACUUCCAGGUCCUGAAGCUGCUGGGUGAAGGCUCGUAUGGCAAAGUCAUGCUCGCUGUACACCGGAAGAGAGGUACUCCGAUGGCUCUGAAGUUCUUCCCCCGUGAGUCCACGUCUCUCUUCUCCUUCCUGAGGGAGUACAACCUCUCUCUGUCGUUCUGCACUCACCCGUCUCUGACCAGAGCGCUGGGAAUCGCCUACUCCACACCUUCACACUACAUCUUCGCCCAGCAAGCAAGCCUCUUUGGCGACCUCUACGACGUCAUAUUGCCUGAGGUCGGUAUGGAGGAGGACUCCUGUCAGCGGGUGGUGUCCCAGCUGUGUGGCGCUCUGUCCCACCUGCACUCUCUCGGUUUCGUCCACAGAGACCUCAAACCAGAGAACGUCUUCCUGUGCGACUCCGCCUGCCGCUGGGUCAAACUGGGAGACUUUGGCAUGGUGAAGGCCGUGGGCACCAGGGUCCCAGAGGUCUGGUACAGCUCUCCUUACUGCACCCCUGAGUCCGAGAUCGCUCGCAGCAACGAGGACAGCUGGAGUAGCGAGAGCGACACGAAGGCUGGCGUUAAAGAGGACAAGGAGAGGAAAAAGAAGGUGAGAGUUUGGGCGUCCGUGGAGUCGAGCACGGACAGCUGGGCGUUGGGGAUCCUGAGCUUCGCCAUGCUCACCGGAAGCCACCCGUGGGCCGAAACCACCAGCGACUGCCGGUCAUACCUGAAGUAUCAGGAGUGGUUUGACAGCGCAGAAGGCCUCGACGACGAACUGGACGUGUGGGCGGAGCCUCAGGGCGAGAGCGGUUUAAUCGGUGCAGAACUUAUAACGAAGGACGGGCCUCCAGUGGCGCCCCAGUUCGCAUGUUUCACCCCGCUGGCCCGGAGUUUCUUCCGGACGCUCCUCCACCCGAUGCCCCGGCUCCGCGGGCGACCCGAGGUGGCGCUGAAUUACCUCGGAGGGGAGUGGGUGAUGGAGAAGGAGAGGGCGAGGCUGGAGGAGGAGAGGAAGAAGAGCCGAGGGAAAGGGGCGAUCAGGAGCAUGAAGGAGAAGGAGGGGAGAGGAGAGAGAUGA